AUCGAUUCCAUCUCGUCACGACCACCCGCAUCCACCCGCCGCUGCAAUGGACUCGAACGGCAGGCAACGCGCAUCCCUCCCAGGCUCGUCAACAUUUCGCAGGCUGCCAACCCUUACCCGCUCCCCGUUCCGAAGGACAGACAAGGGAUCCUCGCCCUCGCCAGAACCCAUUGCCGAAGCCAACGCAAACGCCAACAACGCCGCUAGCACGUCGGCAUCGCGCGGGUCAACCUUUCCAUCACUGGCUCGCGUCGUCGUCGACGACUCGUCGCUUUCCUCGGCUCUCUUUGGCACGCCGAUCCCACCGAUCGCCGAAGACCCUAACUCGGCGUCGGGCUCGGCACCUCCUUUGCCAGCUAGCUCGACUCCCAACCCACGCGCAAGCGCAGCACUCGGUGGCCUAGGCUCAACCUCGGACCUCGCUGGCAUCGCCGCAACCCCGCCGCAAGCAAUCUCGGGCUCGCAGAGCUUGUACGGUUCGUCGUCGCCCCUCGUCGCCUACCCCUACAAGCCGGCCGCGAACCGCACCCCACUGCCCCACUCGUCGCCGCUCGCAACAGUAAACGUCAACGCAGCAGCAGGCGCGUCGCCAGCAAACUACGACCUCGAGCCCAUCACCUACCCCGCGCACUUGGCCCAGCGGAGACCACCUGGAUCCAGCGCGUCUCCCCCACCACACGGCGCUUCGUCGGCUGCAGCCUCGCGCUCACCAUCGGGCUCGAGCCCACCGCCCAACAUUACCUCAAUCUCCCCGCUCCCGGCGACCACGCCGGUGCCCUCUGCAUCCGCCCCUGCUACGUCCCCCGUGGCGCCGGCCGUCCCAGCCCGCUCCGCUCAUCGCUACCGCGACUUUACUCUUGGGUCGACCGGACUCGUGUCGGCCAUGAACCUCACGACCCAGAACCUCACUGCCCACCAGGCUAUCCAGAAUGGUGUCAGCAGUGCGCCAUCUUUGAGAACGCUGGCAGCCGUAGGCGAGAAUCAGCAAACAAGACGAGUCAGCUCGGCGCGCCAGCCGUCCAACCCUUCCCAGGACGACAAGAGCGCAAAGGUGCGAGAGGCGGCCGCGGCAGCAGCCGCAGCUACUGCUGCAGCCAACGCCGCCGCAGCCACCUCGAACGGCCUUUCCCUCGAGCCUCUCCUUCCUUCCGGCAAGGUUCCCCGCGCACCGCCAAGCGAAAUGUACUUUGCGCCUAUACCUGCGCACGGUCGCCCGCCCGCUCAGCCGAUCCGUGCGCAUACUGGCACGCUCGUCGAUGACAAGAUCUGGGUCAUUGGCGGCGUCGACUCAAAGUCAUGCUGGCGAGGAGUGGCCUGCUUUGACACGGAAUCAUACCACUGGACAAUGAUUGAGACGUUUGGUGACGCUCUCCCACCAUUACGCGCUCACACGACCAACAUUGUCGGCAAUACCCUGUAUCUCUUUGGUGGAGGCGACGGCCCGACCUAUUCGAAUGACGUCUGGGCGUUUGAUACGAUCUCGCAUCGCUUCUCGCGCCCGGAAAUCACCACGCCAAGGGACAAGCACCCACCGCCACGACGCGCUCAUACCGCGCUCCUGUACCGCAACUUUAUUGUCGUUUUUGGCGGCGGAAAUGGUCAGGCGGCACUCAACGACCUCUGGGCCCUCGACGUGUCGGACCCCGACCACCUCUCGUGGCAUGAGUGGACGACGCAUGGUGACAUUCCGCCAAAGAAGGGUUACCACUCGGCCAACCUCGUCCAGGACAAGAUGGUGGUGUUUGGUGGCAGUGACGGCCACGCGAGUUUCGGCGACGUACAUGUGUUGGACUUGCAAUCCCUGGAAUGGACACACAUCGACGUCUCGCCGCAGCAGAACCGCCUGUCGCACACGACCUCGCUCGUCGGCAACUUCUUAUACAUCAUCGGUGGCCACAACGGCCACGCGUACGCCCAAGACGUGCUCGUGCUGGAUCUGUUGAACUGGCACUACGAGUACAAGUCGCCGAAGGGCCUGCCACCACCUGGACGAGGCUACCACGUCGCGGUGCUUCACGAUUCCCGUAUCUGGAUCAGUGGCGGCUACAAUGGCGUUGAAGUGUAUGACGACGUCUGGGUUUUAGAACUCGGAGCAGGGUCAUACUUGACCCAAGUGGCCGACUUUCAACUCGACGAGAAGAAGGUGCCCCACAAGGAUAAAGACGGCAAGCCUGUAUUUAUCGCCGCGCCAGGACAUGUGCGCAACGGCAACCGGAUCUAGGCAGAAGCGUCGCGUGCGUUGCGGCCUUGUGCCUGAGACGUGGGUUCGAGGCUAGUGUGCGUGGGCACAGCGCAGGGUGGCGUAGUCUGGCGCGGUUGGCCCGGGCGCGACUGGUGCAACUGGGCGCAACACGCGCGCGCGCGUGAGCGCGAGACAUGUGUGGACCGGAUAUGCGGACGGAUGGACGGCGUACUGCGAACGAUGGACGGUCGAGACGAGGCGGGGCGAGUCGCGAGUUUGGCGGCUUCAAGCCGCCGCCCCGUGCCAUGAUCAUCUGAUGCUCUUUUGAUUUGGGAUUCAUGCUGGUUAUUUGGUGGACGCCUGGCCGCGUACCGCGUACGCUGGUUUACACGACUUUUUUUUUGACUCCUCCUAU